AUGCAUGCGGCAGUGCUGGCAGCAGACGUGAUACUGCUCCUGAGCAUGGGGUGGGCGGCAGACUCUCUCUGCUCACCCACUAUUUUUUACAGAGACUGCUGGAUCCGCCGCUUCCCAGGUCUCCUGCUCGACCUGGAGGAGUCUCAGAAGAUGGGGGCGCAGUUCUUGAGAUACUAUACCGAAAGCACUGGCCAGAAAUGCAGUCGGAGCUGCUGCCUUAGGAAGGAUGUGGCCUGUAACUUGGCCGUCUUCUACCACGACCCCAUUCAUGACAGUGUCAACUGCCUGCACAUUCACUGCCCAGCGACGGAGAGCUGCAUCCUGGAGCCGGGGACCAGCGCCAUUUUGUACACCAUCACAGACGGUAUAGAUCCAGAUUUGCUGGUUUUUGGACAGGCACCUCCCACGUAUCUAAAUACCCGUUCUUCAUCUAAUAUAUGGGACGCACUAAGAAAUCUAAAAGAUACAAAUGUAGAUAAACAGCAGCCCACCAUGAUAAAACAAAUGCUACCAUCAACAGAGGCUCUAGCAUCAACCACACAUCAAGAUUUGGUUGUCAACACAAGCCAUACCAGAUAUUCCAAGGAAUUAACCACAGAUUCUUGGGCAAGAGUCAUUUCCCUGAAUGAUUCCAUUGCCACAAAGGUAAAUAAGGUGUCACGCAGUGCUGACUUCAUCAGCAAUCCAGAUAACAAGACUGUUUCUGCUUUCUUUGUGCCCACAGACACAAAACCUUCUCAUAUGCCCAUCCCAUCCCCACUCAGCAGCAACAAGCAAUUGCUGAACAAAACCAAAGGGUCCAACAGCGGGAACCACACCUCUGAGAAUGAAAACAAGACACCUAAUGGGGCACCUGUGACUUCAAAGACAUGGCUGGUGCCUGUGGCCCUCUGCGCCUCCGUCGUCUUUCUCUGCUGCUGUAUAGUCCUCCUGGCAUCCGGAUGCUGCCGAAAGCAGCAGGGCCAGUAUACACCAGGACAGAGAAAGUCAGCAUCCAGGCAAAUUUUAAAAAGUUACAUUCUGAAGGCGAACUCUUAA